AAAACAACAAAUAACAGUGACGCCGAAAGCUUACGUUUAUAGGAUGAUUAUUUUUAUAAUCACAAACUUUAAUUCGAUUUUUUUAUUUUGUACUUCUCAUUUUUUUAGAUGUAAAACUGGAUCGAGCAAGACGUGAAAACUACUUUUCCUGAAAUGGAAAAUGAAACUUUUUCUAUAAAUGUAUUAUGAACUUUUACUGAAUAGGGUCAUUUUCUGCCGUGAUUAAAGCAAACUUGUUAAGCAUCAUUUGAAUGAAACGAAAGUAGAGGACAAACUGAAAACUAAAACCUGCAACCUUCCGUGGAAUUCAGGUAAACAGUCCGAGCGGAUCCACAGGUUGAAUAUAUAAUCAUUUAAGGAUGAGGUAUGAAAAGAAAUGAAAGCUGGGUCUAGAGGCAAAAUGAGGAAAAAACUCUAGUAUGAGCCAAAUGAACCCCAUCAACAUACUGGGUCAUACCAGGUCGUAGUGGAUUUUAUCAGUUCUUAGUGGGUCAAACUGGGUUGUAGCACGGCUCCAUGUCUACUGCACAGGCUGAGAACAACAUGGAUGAAGGCAGCUCAGUGAGUUCAGCUGGAGACGAUGAAAGGAUGCAAACACCAGCGACAUGUUUCAGGAGAGUAACCAGAAGGAUCUGGACCACUCUGUUCAGGAUCCACAGAAAUGACCCCCCUCCCCCUGACACCACCAUGAGACUCAAGCUUCCCUCCUGCCUUGACUUCGACAUUCCAACUGUAAAUCAGAUUAUGCUGCUGAAUGAAGAUGAGUGCAUCUUUGACUUUGUAUCACUCAUAACCCCCUCCCAUCCACAGAGGAAACACACUAAUGAUGCCUAUAGAUCUGUGGACACUUUCACAGUUCAUCCGUCCAUUUCCUCACCAGUUCCUUAUGGGAGGUAUCAUCAAACCAGAGUCCUGUUGCACAAUCCCACUGAACCUCAGAUAGACCAACAAAAUAAAAGUGUUGGUAAACCACACGUGACUGAGGCGCAGAACUCACCCACUCAUCCACCAGCCCAACUGCACCACAUAAACGCCUCCUCAGGUCAUGGUCGGAAACCAGUAGUUAAAGUAGGAGGAAAGGGGGCUGUAGUUGAGACGGGAAUCUUCUGUCUUAGGGCCACUUGCUCACUUGAACAGUCUGAGAGUGAUGGCGCUGCUGAGCACAAGUCUUUAUCUUACAGCCCAUUAUCAUCUCUUCACCACAUAAACCCCUCCUCAGGUCCGGGUCCAAGUCCAGGAGACAAACAUGUGUUUCGUUGUGUCAGUGUUCCCUCCAUGAUUGAAAACCACCACGUGAAGGAGAACCUGAGGCGAACGCUCAGUUUACCUUCCAUGGUGUUGAACAGCAGCUUUAAGGAGUUCACACCUGUGACUGUGGGUGAAAUGGAUGAAGCCUACAGGUUCCAGUCCUCGUGUCCAGGUCUGUACCAGUGCAGUGUGACGGGCCUGGUGUUUGGCAUGGAGACAGACGGGGUCGUGGUCUACAGGACGGUCCCCUGGGACCGCAGGAUGCUGGACCAGUAUCACAAGAAGCCUGCAGGACCCCUGUUUGACAUCACAUGUGUGGAUAAGUCGGUGGUUCAGCUUCAUCUCCCACACUGUGAGCUCCGCCCCACAGGUGGGUGGGACUUCCUGUCAGUCGCUCAUGUGGAAGAUGACGGGAGCGUCCAGUUUAUCCGUCCACAGAAGAUAACAGAAACCCAUGUGGUCAUCAGCAUCACAGGCUUCUCUCCUGUGGGUAACGUCAAAGAUAAGGACUCCCCUCUUGUUCCAGUCCAAGCCUUGGUGUUGCUCUUCUUCAGGCCUUCACCUGAUCCUGAUGAUGAAUCUGUGCUAAACGUGUUGCUGCUUCCAAAGAAUGUUUCCCUUCGUGACGUUCAGCGAACCAGGAAGGCGUUAGUGGGAGACGAGAUCUACAUAGAGACGUCCUCUGACUGUAAACUCCAACCAGAGCAGGUUUACACUCUGACCACUAGUCCUGAAGACUCAGAAGUUCAACCAGGAGACGCUGAGUUUGAUGAGGAUUCAUACGACAACUACAUCCCAAAAUUUCAGGUGUUUUUGAACACGGGCGUGAAACAUUUGAAGCUGGUUUUAAAGGACAAACACAGCUCCCACAGUGUCUGGCAAAGAAGAGUUUGUCUUUCACCCACUGGAGUAAACGCAUCUUCCAGAUCCAGAUCUGUGAAUCUAACACCAAACCAGAGGCUGUUGGAUGUUUUGAGCGGCUUCAUCCAUGGGGUAUCAGAACCGAAUCUUAAAAGUCUUCUGGACAAACUGCUGGAGAAAGGGGUGGUAUCUGAUGCUGAGAUGGACGAAGUGAAGGGGAUGCAGACCCGAGCAGACAAAGCUCGUUUUGUCAUCGACACAGUGAGGAGGAAAGGUAAAAAGGCAAGUUCAGAGAUGAUUGAGUUCCUCCGUGAGCUUGACCCUUACCUCUGUGAUGAUCUGGAUUUGAACUAAAGCCCAUUUGAAGAACUGGGACCAUCAUGUAUUCACGACCUUUUGGUAAACAGAAGCGUUGUUGUCUGCGGUGUGAAAACACUCUGCCUUCAAAACUACCCAGUGAAUAAAAGAUAUACAGAAACAUUAUGAUCCAGCUGUUGAACCCGAAACAAAGAUGUUCUACGGUUGAGGGCAUAGAUGAGGUUCUAUAUGUGCAUGCCCACACCAGUCAAGUAGAGUUGGAGAAAGCCGUAGACCAUGUGGGGGGGGUGGCCUUCAGUGCUGGUGUCACACUCAAUUAAAAAAAAGGGCAGUGGACGCAACCUUUUGUUUCCACUCGAAAUCAUUUUACUCCAAUGAAAGUGGAUGGAACACAACGUCCUUCAGCUGAACAGCUCCAAAACUGAAGCCAUCCUCGUUGACACUCCACAUCCACUCAAAUCCAUCCUGGCAUCACCAGCACUUCCUCUGCCCAUAACAUCUCCCUCUCUUCCUCUGUUACCAGCUUAGGGGUCAGAUUUGACCCCCACCUGUCCCUGUCCUUAUCUCCUCCAGGCUGGUUUACUGUAAUAAUCAACAUCAUGUCAGGAGUUUCCAAAAGCUCCAGUAUAUCCACAAAUACACUGUCAGGAUCCUGAUGGGGGCGUGGAAGCAUGAGCACAUCAGCCCACCCCCACCCCCACCUCAUUUAUUCUGUUUGUAGAACCUAAACUAAAAUGAUUUGGACAUCCUUGAUAAUGUCUUCAGUGUAAUUUUUUUAUUUCACAAAUUCAGCCCACAGACCCACUUGGACCCAGUUGGACCCAGUUGGAUCCAGUUGGACCUAGUUUUGGUCCACGGGCCAUAUUUUUGACAGUGCUGGAAUAGAAUAUAAACUUUUCCCUCAUCAGUUCAUUCAUGGCCAUGGCCCAGAUGAUCUAAAGGACCUGGUCAGUCCUCACCCAUUCUGUUUGUACUCAUCAUCUUCAUCUCGAAGAAUCAAACUGCAUUAUGGGAAAGUGAGUUUUUCAGGCAGCAGCUCCACGUGUCUGGAAUGAUCAUCUGAGGACUCCACAGACUAUAAUCCUUCAAAAAGCUGUAAAAAAAACUUUUCUCUUUCAGUGAUCAUAUUGACAGUCUUAAAUUUUCUGCUUUUAACUAGUUUUAUUGUUUUAAUCUUGUUUUAUGGUUUUAUUGGUUUUACUGUGCUGAUUUUGACAUUCUUUCUAGGAGCAUAUGGAGAUCUGUCUAUCCCAGAUGUAAAGUUCAUUACAAAUCAAAUGCAUAAUUACCAUUCAGUGUAACACAGAACAGUGGAUUAACUGACAGCAGAAUGUUCAUUCAUAUAAAACCAAGUUAUGAUCUGAAAACAGCAAAGAUAAAACGACAUUCAUCAUCAUCUCUUCAUGAUGUGAUCGUUUUACUCUUUGUCUCAUUCAGUGAGUUUUAUUGGAAGAGCAAUAAUACUUGUUCAACGUGGAUCUCCUGACUUUUUUUUUUUUUUUU